CAUAAGCCAGUACCCGGCCAGAGCAACCAACAUAACCACUCAAAAGACUUAGCGAGAAGAUGCCAAAAUCGGCGUAGCCAUUACGUCCCUUUCACUGUUUCCUUCCCAAUAAAAUUCCUUUUUUUUUUGGCCCCCCUACAAAAUCCACCGGAAAAUCGAGAAGACUUAUUUGCUUACCAUUAUUGUUUCUCUAAAUUCCUUAUUUUUCUUUGUCACUUCCUAUAAUUAGGUGGAAUUUCAUUUUCCUCCCCUGUUAUUAUUAUUUGUUUUUUUCCCCAUUUGCUCAUUUCUUACUUUUUCUUGAUUGAUGGCGGAUUUGGGUGUGUGGCUGAUGAAGAGAAUUCAGUUGCAAUUACCAUGACGAGUUCUUGCCCAGAAGAUUGCAUGCAACAAUGGACGAACUUCCAGGGUCAAUGGGCACGAGCGCCAGUUUGGCCCUUCGCUUGGGGCAGACCAUUUUCGCCUCUGCUUCUCUUCUCUUUAUGUGCUUGGACGUCGAGUUCUACAGCUAUACAGCUUUCUGCUAUUUGGUGACAGUUAUGGGUUUAGUAGUUCCGUGGAGCAUGACAUUGGUAGUGGUGGAUGCCUACUCUGUUUUUGUUAAAUGUUUACCCCGUCAACCAAAAAUUGUAAUAAUUCUCAUUCUGGGAGAUUGGGUUUUGUCGUAUCUUUCACUUGCUGCGGCCUGCUCAACAGCUAGUGUCACAGAUGUUCUGCUUGAUGCUGGUGCAUCCUACUGCCCUGCAAAGUUAUGUAGUAGAUAUCAAUUGUCUGCUGCAAUGGCUUUCUUGUCAUGGUUUCUCUCAUUAGCUUCUUCUUUAUUCAAUUUUUGGCUUCUCCCUUCUUUGUAAACAUCUGGCUGGCCGUUUUCGUCUUUAGAAUAUGAAAUGCGUAAGAAUUUGAGAGAAAUCAUUUUCUCUCGAACCAUGAUUUGUUCCAUACAUCAAUUUUGGAUCAUACAAUUGGGAUUGUGAAAUGAAGCCCACAGCUAAAGCAAGUUUAGACUUGCCACAGCUUCUUUUCCAUCGGUACGAACAGAAAUUAUAUGAACCCUUCUUUGUCACUGUAAAUGGUAAGAUUCAAACAUGGAAUCUUUACUGUCCUUCAUAAAUGUGAUUACACAGCUCAUCGGCCAAAUUGGCAAGAAGCCAACAUACCUGGGGACUUACUUGGUGCUGAUGAAAAGACUUGUGAUGUUCCUGCAAUGGAUGAUGGCCCGAUACAAGGUUGCCCCCAAAUGAUUUGUUUUCACAUAUGACUGUCUGUAUUGUAUGUUCGAUACAAACAAAAAUGCAACUGAAGUAUUUCUGAUAGAUGUAUAUAGUGGUCAUGUAAUUAGUACUAUAUUGUUAAUUGUUACCAACUCAAUAAUUCCAUCUUCUUGAACUUCUAAGCUGGAAAAUUUGUUGGUAAAGCUUACAUAAAGUUAUCUGUUUCCCUGAAUUCUAUU